UGUUCUUGUAUAUUGAAGAUUUGUCGACUGAAAUUUAGCCAAAACAAAAACUUUUUAGAUAAAAGCAGUUCAUGUUUAUUUAAAAAUUCAUCUUGAGCGAUUUUUAAGUAACCAAAAAGUUGUGUACUGCUUCUAAUGGAAAACUAAUGCAACCGUUACUGAGGAAUUCUUGAUUCAAGAUCACAGAUUACAGAUUUUGUUGAUAAAAAUCUUACAAGAUUAUAACUUCCUGAAGACAUAAUGGACUAUUUUUUCAGCCUUCGAUUAACUGAAUGUUUGAUUUUAAUUUUUCUUCACCUAUUGACAACGUCAUUACAAUCACACUUGCCAGACAUAAAAACUAACGUCUACAAAAAACACGGUGACUUUAUUAUCGGGGUGUUAGCAGAUGUUCACCAACUAGAUGACGACGGUCAGUGCACCAAAAUUCAAGAUCUUGGUGUCUUGCAUCGCCUCGAGGCUAUAGCAUACACACUAGAUCAUAUAAAUUCCCAAAAUGACAUAUUGCCAAAUGUCACAAUUGGGUUUGAGAUUUUGGACACAUGUGGUGAAGAGGAUACAUUGCUUUCUCAAGCAAUGCGUUUCGUACCGCCAGACAGCUUUCGAACGGAAUCGUGUACAUCAGCACCAGAAACGGGUAGUUCCGACGUCGUGUCAGUCAUCGGAACAGAGUGGAGUGCGACAACCAUGACUGCCGCCAUGAUGUAUGGUAUUAUUCACCUACCUCUGGUGAGUUACUUUGCUACUAGUGACGAUCUUACGAAUAAAAAUCGCUUUCCGUAUUUUCUACGCGUUGUUCCACCUGAUCGAUUUCAAAUGCAGGCAAUAGUUGACUUGCUGUUAUACUUCGAAUGGCACUACAUUACUGUUCUUUACUCUGAUGACACUUACGGUCGCAACGCUAUAAAGAAUUUAAUCAAACAAAUAUCAAACACCCCGAAUGAAAGCAUCUGCAUAGCUAGCAGCUUUGAGAUAUCUCAUAAUUCAAUUCUGCCAAGCGAUUUUGAUCAUGUUAUUGACAGCUUAAGAUCUAAUGAGCCUUCCAUGGUUUUGAUUUUGAUUCUGCGCGUAAACCAAGGCAACGGUAUGCUUGGCGCCCUUCGAGAAGCAGGUUUUGUUGGACAAUUUCAGAUAAUUGGAUGCGAUGCAUGGGGAAGGAAUAUAUAUGAAAUAAACGAGGAAAACUUGGUGGUAGCAAAAGGAUCAUUAAAAAUUCAUUUCCAUGCAGUGAAAAAUGAAAAAUUUGAAAAGUUUUUUGAAUCUUUGACUCCCGAAAGCAAUGAGAAUCCUUGGUUUAAGGAAUAUUGGGAUGCUUACCUGGUAUGCAAUGCAAGCAAUGGGAGCACAGGCAUAGUAGACGAAACUAAGUGCACAGAUGCAUACCAAGAUUGCUUUAGUAAAGAAAGCUCAGUAUCCCUUGUUGUAGAUGCUGUUACUACUAUUGCAUUGGCCCUGGACGCUAUGAUUAAGGAAGGUCAUUCUUCUAAUGUCGGCGGACAACUUUUGUAUGACUAUAUGAAGAAUACGUCUUUUCCUGGUUCAGGUGGUUUGGUCGAGUUUGAUGACCAUGGUGAUUUACCAGGUAUAUAUGUCAUUGAGACUAUUCAGUCAGUCGGCAACGGCUACCAAUUUUUGCAUGUCGGUACAUGGGAGAGCAUUGGUAAAGGGGAAAGCUUUUCAACAAACCGGCUACAGAUUAAUGAAUCUAAUAUUGUGUGGUUAGUGAACGGUAGAGAGAGUGAGAGCCCUGUAUUAUCGAAAUGUAGCCUACCUUGCAAAGCCGGUCACAUUCGUAUUAAGAACAAUGACUGUUGUUGGACCUGUGUCAACUGUUCCGAAAACCAGAUAUCUACGGAAGCAGAAUGCCACACUUGUCUAGACAACGAAAAGAUAGAUUUAAAUAGAACGACAUGUGUCCCCUUUGAGCCUGUAUACAUACAAUGGGAAAAUGCAUGGGCUGUUGGACUGUCGGUAUUGGCCUCUGUCGGGUUGGGCGUUUCUACGUACGUCCUAGUGAUGUUUAUCAAAUAUAAUGGACAGAAAUUGAUCAAAGCAUCAAGCCGAGAACUAAGUGGUAUCAUGCUAUUUGGAGUAUUCAUGUCGUUCAGCCUCGUUUUCAGUAUUAUCUCCAAACCAACAAAGGCCACUUGCUUCGUUAAUCGAAUCGGUUUCAUGCUCUGCUUUACGAUAAUAUAUGCAUCAUUACUUGUACGAGUAAAUCGCAUUCAUCGCAUCUUCAGUGCUGGAAUGAAAUCUACAAAGAAACCGAGGUUCAUCAGUCCUCGCUCACAAAUAGCAUUUGCGAGCGCAUUAAUUUCCGUUCAGGUUCUAAUCAGCGGAAUAUCUCUCUUAAUAAUGAAGGCAGAUACUGACAUCGUUGUCGUCCAACCACAUGUGAGGACAGUGCUCAUCUGCAAAAUUGCGUUUAUCGAACUCGUAGGCUCGUUGUGUUAUAACCUUUUUCUUAUAAUAUGCUGUACAUAUUAUGCUUUUGUAUCGCGUAAAGUGCCUAAUAACUAUAACGAAUCGCGUUUCAUUAAUAUGAGUGUGUACACGACAUUAAUCAUAUGGCUUGGUUUUAUUCCGAGUUACUUUCUCAUCGGUGACACAUUGCUUAGAGUCAGUGUCAUGUCGCUAGUGAUGAUAUUUAGUGCAUUCGUGACGCUUUGGUUUAUGUUUCUACCAAAAAUAUAUGCGAUACUAUACCUAAAUGAUGAAAAAUAUCAACUCCAAAAGGUAGAUCAAUCAUUAGAAACAAUGACUAAAAACCAUCCACUUAAAAGACAGGAAAGAAACAAAAUAGCUCCUAUAAUUUAGAAAAAUCAAUUAACUAAUUUGUUUGGAAAGAAAUAUGCGAGUUAAAGAUGUAUUGUGCCAUGGAAAAAAAAAACCCAUAAAAUUAUAAUAUUUGAAAUUAACUUGCUCAUUAUACAUGACAAUUAUCAAUUUGAGUAUAGAAAUUAUUAGUAUAUCUAAAAAAAAACACACAAAAAAAAACACGUUUGCCCAAAUUGUAGAGCAAAAAAUUGUUUUA